UUUCUGCAAAUGUGUACGAAGCCGGUAGUUUUGAACGAUAGAACCAGCGGUUGAACGCGAGUUCCGGGGAUUCAAGGGGCAUGUCACGGACGUACACCUCAGUUCUGAUGGCAAACAACUUGAUGGAACCAGCGGUUGAACGCGAGUUUAGAGGAUUCAAGGGGCAUGUCACGGACCUACACUUCAGUCCUGAUGGCAAACAACUUGUGGCGAGCGGAGCCGACCACCACCUCAUGCUGUGGCACCUCAAAGAAGAAAAGCGAGCACUCAAGUUGGAGGGCCACAAGGACAGCGUGUUCGCGGUUCGGUUUGCGCCCUCCGGCCAGUGCCUGGCGUCUGCGUCACGUGACACGACCGUCCGCUUCUGGAUCACAAACACAAAGUACGAGUGCAAGGUGCUCAAGGCACACACGGCGGCGGUCCGGUCUCUCGAUUUCUCUCCCGACGGCCAGAGCUUGGCGACGGCGUCUGACGACAAGACCGUGAAGGUGUGGUCGGUGCAGAGGCAACGCGUCGUCUGCUCGCUUGCUGAACACGCCAACUGGGUGCGAAGCGUCAGGUUCUCGGCAGAUGGACGCCUGUUGGCCACCUGCGGCGACGACAAGACGCUGAGGUUGUGGGACGCGUCGUCCAAGAUGUGCCUCCACUGCUUCGCCGAUCUCGGAGGGGCUCUCCGCUGCGCCGAGUUCCACCCGAACGGCUUCCUCGUGGCCGUCGGAGGCAUGGACUGCGUGGUCCGCUGCUACGACGUUCGCAACUUCAAGCAGCUCCAGGAGUACGCGGCGCACGAGGGCCCCGUGACGUCACUCUCGUUCCACCCUGGAGGCGAGCACCUGCUCACGGGCUCGGCGGACUCGCUGGUGCGCCUCUUCGACAUCGCCAAGGGGAGGCUGCUAUACACGCUCGGCACUCGGCUGAAACCAGUGAAUGUGGUGAGCUUCUCUGACGAUGGAAGCUACUUUGCAACCGGUGGCCAGGAUAAUCAGGUGUUUUUGUGGAAGACCGGCUGCGACAGUUCUGACAAAGAGAACGGCGGAGACGUUCCUUCACCCAAAGUCUCGCUCGAAGUACUCAGGGAGCUUCCAGACUUGGCCACUACGCGACCCAGCAAGCCGGCCUCCGACCAGGAGACUACAGCCAGUCACAAGAUGCAGCAAACAGUGGACAAGCUGACGUCACAACUGUUGGCGCUGUCGCAGACGGUUUCUGUCCUGGAGGAGCGACUGGGCGCGGCCGAGGACAGAAUACGAGAGCUGUCGUCUGCUUCCUGCGAUCCUUCCCCGCCCACCGCCUGAGAGUCGGCGGACCUAAACACUCUGACGUGCACGGACAUGCGUUUCCCGAAGUAGCGCUUUUGGGCCGCCUGCGUCGUUUACAACAAUUUAGGGUCCAUGGGAACAGGAAUGACUGGCAUGUUUUUUUAGGCCAAAAACCUUGUUUUUUAUUUCCGUAAAUUUUAUGGCGAUGAUUAUAGCUGACAGUAUUUCGGUGCACAAACUUUUUUUUAAAAUAAAUUUGAAGGGAAUAAUUAUUAAAUAGAAAAAGACACGAAAUAAAAGUUUCUAACGAACCCUUUUCUAACUUUUAUAUGUUUUUUUAGAUAAUAUAUUGUUUUACCCUGCAUUCUCCACAUUUCUUUCUUUAUGUUUAAAAUAGAAUUUAUUCAGGUUUAGUUUAUGCCUGUGUGUCAGUGUUUGUGUAUGUGCUUCAGAGCGAUGAAGUUUAUACCCUUUUCUUUCUGUUUUUUUUGUUGUCUGUUUGCACAUUCUCAUGGUUUCCAAAUUUGUGUGUUCGAAAAGU